UCUUUCUCCUCUUCGCUGUCUAUCCAACUCUUUCUUGCUUUGGACUUUUUUUUCUACUCAACAUCUCUCCUACUCUUUUCCAUCCGCUCAAAAUCCUCAUUUCUUCCUCCUCCCUUUUGUCGUUACGUCCUCCCCUACCCAAACCUUCCUCGACUCUAGCGCCUUUACCCCUCCUCCGUGACUUGCAGUGCGAGCUGUAGGCCCCAUUCAACCUGAUUAGAAAGUCUUGCUCCCGUGGCAAGACUUUCCUUUGAGAACUUUCACAAUUUCUUCCGAACUUCCCGUUCGUGACGCUGCGAAGCCUGGAAAGCGCAGAGCGUCUGUUGAUAACAAAGCUCCGCCGGAGAAGAAGAUCAUGACUGACUCCAAGAUGCAAAUUGACAACCCACAGGAAACUGUGGAGUUGAUCAAGCAGGGAGAGAUUGAUGAAUCUCUUUACAGCCGGCAACUGUAUGUCCUCGGCCAUGAAGCUAUGAAACGUAUGGGCAAAUCGAAUGUCCUGGUUGUUGGUUUGAAGGGUCUGGGUGUUGAGAUUGCUAAGAACAUCGCUCUUGCUGGUGUCAAGUCCCUCACUCUGUACGACCCUGCACCGGUUGCCAUCUCAGACCUCUCUUCCCAGUUCUUCCUCCAGCCCCAAGAUGUCGGCAAGCCUCGUGCCGAGGUGACAGCGCCGAGAGUUGCGGAAUUGAACUCCUAUGUCCCGGUUACAGUUCAUGAAGGCGCCAGCCUAGUUGACGACCUGGAACAGCUGAAACGCUACCAAGCGAUUGUUCUUACCCUGACCCCACUGAAAGAACAGCUCGCUAUCGCCGACUUCUGCCACAAGAACGGUAUUUACCUCACUAUCACGGACACUUUCGGUCUUUUUGGUUAUCUUUUCAACGACUUCGGAAAGAACUUCACGGUCGGCGAUGCUACGGGCGAGGAGCCACUCAGCGGAAUCGUGGCCAGUAUCGAUGAGGAAGGCUUGGUCUCGGCAUUGGAUGAGACCCGACACGGCUUGGAAGAUGGUGAUUUUGUGACUUUCUCGGAAGUCAAAGGAAUGGAGGGCCUGAACGGAUGUGCUCCUCGCAAGGUCACCGUCAAGGGCCCCUAUACUUUCUCCAUUGGAGACGUGUCUGAAUUCGGAACCUACGAAGCUGGUGGUAUUUAUACUCAGGUCAAGAUGCCAAAGUUCAUGGAUUUCGCACCACUCGAGGAACAGCUCAAGAAGCCCGAAGUCAUGGUGUCGGAUUUCGCGAAGUUCGAUCGCCCGCUGCAGCUUCACGUUGGAGUGCAAGCAUUACACAAGUUUGCAGAAGGUCAUGGCGGUGAACUUCCUCGUCCUCACAACGACAGUGAUGCUCAAGAGGUGCUGAAGAUUGCCAACGACCUAUCGUCUAGCCUGGAGGAGAAGGUGGAGUUAGACGAGAAGCUUCUCAAGGAGCUCAGCUACCAAGCCCGUGGUGACUUGAACCCGCUGGCCGCGCUCUUCGGAGGUCUCGCCGCUCAGGAGGUGUUGAAGGCUGUCUCCGGCAAGUUCAACCCUGUCUAUCAGUGGCUGUACUUUGACUCACUGGAGUCUCUUCCGACUUCUGUCACCCGCUCCGAGGAGGCCUGCAAGCCCCUGGGCACUCGCUACGACGGCCAGAUUGCCGUUUUUGGAAAGGAGUUCCAGGAGAAGAUUUCCAACGUCACUCAGUUCCUGGUUGGUUCUGGUGCCAUUGGCUGCGAGACGCUGAAAAACUGGGCCAUGAUGGGCCUAGGAACCGGUCCCAAGGGAAAAAUCUACGUUACGGACAUGGACCAGAUCGAGAAGAGCAACCUUAACCGGCAAUUCUUGUUCCGCUCCAGAGACGUCGGCAAACUCAAGAGUGAAUGUGCCUCUGCCGCUGUGGAGGCGAUGAACCCCGAGCUCAAGGGUAAGAUUGUCACUCUUCGCGAUCGCGUAGGCUCUGAUACCGAGCACAUCUUCAACGAGGAGUUCUGGGAGCGCCUGGAUGGUGUCACGAAUGCUUUGGACAAUGUUGACGCGAGGACUUAUGUUGAUCGCCGGUGUGUCUUCUUCAGAAAGCCACUGCUCGAAAGUGGCACUCUCGGCACCAAGGGCAACACCCAAGUCGUGCUUCCUCGUAUCACCGAGUCCUAUUCAAGCUCCCAGGACCCGCCCGAGAAGACCUUCCCCAUGUGUACCCUGAAGAGUUUCCCCAACCGCAUUGAGCACACUAUUGCUUGGGCUCGGGACCUCUUCCAGACGUACUUUGUUGGUCCUCCGGAAGCCGUCAACAUGUAUCUGUCGCAGCCCAACUACAUUGAGCAAACUCUCAAGCAGGCUGGCAACGAGAAGCAGACUCUGGAGCAUUUGCGUGACUUCCUGGUGACGGAUAAGCCGUUGACCUUCGAUGACUGCAUCGUCUGGGCCCGCCAGCAGUUCGAGGCUCAGUACAACAACGCCAUCCAGCAGCUCCUGUUUAACUUCCCCAAGGACUCCAAGACCUCCACUGGGCAACCGUUCUGGUCUGGGCCCAAGCGGGCUCCUACCCCCCUCAAGUUCGACAGCACCAACCCCACUCAUCUCUCUUUCGUCAUUGCUGGAGCCAACCUUCAUGCCUUCAACUACGGCAUUAAGAACCCCGGUGCAGACAAGGGCUACUACAAGAAGAUUGUCGAUAACAUGAUCAUUCCUGAGUUCACGCCCAAGUCCGGCGUCAAGAUCCAGGCUAAUGAGAAUGACCCGGACCCGGAUGCUCCUGCCUCUGGCUCUUCUUUCGAUGAUGGGCAGGAAAUUCAAAAGCUCGUUGACUCACUUCCAUCUCCCAAGUCUCUCGCUGGCUUCCGCCUGAACCCAGUCGAGUUUGAGAAGGAUGACGACACCAACCAUCACAUUGACUUCAUCACUGCGGCUAGUAACUUGCGUGCCGACAACUACGAGAUCCCCCAAGCCGACCGCCACAAGACAAAAUUUAUUGCUGGCAAGAUCAUUCCUGCCAUUGCCACAACUACCGCCCUGGUGACUGGAUUGGUUGCCCUUGAAUUGUACAAGAUCAUCGACGGUAAGGACGACAUUGAACAGUACAAGAACGGCUUCGUCAAUCUGGCGCUGCCCUUCCUUGGGUUCAGUGAACCCAUUGCCAGUCCGAAGGGCAAGUACCAGGGCAAGCAGGGUGAGGUCGUUAUUGACCAGAUUUGGGACCGCUUUGAGUUGGAUGAUAUUCCGCUCCAGGACUUCAUCAAGCAUUUCUCCGACCUGGGUCUGGAGAUCAGCAUGGUCAGUUCUGGUGUUAGUCUUCUGUACGCCAGCUUCUACCCGCCGUCCAAGCUUAAGGACCGUCUUCCUCUGAAGAUGAGUAAGCUGGUUGAGCACAUUAGCAAGAAGCCUGUUCCGGAGCACCAGAAGAACAUCAUUUUCGAGGUGACGGCAGAAGAUACGACUGAGGAGGAUGUUGAGAUUCCUUACGUGAUGGUGAAGUUGAGGAAGUAGGCAGGCAAAGCGAUAGUCUACCUUGCCGAAGUUCUUGGUAUAGAAUGAUUAUGCUGGGAUGAACGUAGAUAAACGUUAUGUAAGUAGAAGCAAUGCUAUAACUGUCGUUCGUUGACAUGUUUGUCAGAUUUCGGAAUAUUUCCUAGAGAAUGCGGUGAGUGAUUUGUUUGUUGUUGUGUUCGUGUUCGUUAAUUAAAACUCAGUUCCCGUAAUAAUCACUAGUCAGGAAGUAUGUAGAUAAGUUAAGGUGGUGGUUGUGCUGAGCUAAAUGUUUGUCAUGGAAGAAAAAGACCCAGAGGGUC